AUGGACGCCGUAUGGGACACGCCGAUAGCUGUAGAACUGCGCCCUCCUGUCUUAUUUCCUCAGGUUCACACCGGGUAUAGGGAUUUCAGACUAGUUACCUAUGCGACUGUGAUUGCACUAAAUCGUACAGGUGAAGACGACUUAUUGGACUGGAUCCUAGUAAACGGGAAAACAUUCUUAAGACUCAACGCAUUGCUUCACAUUUCAUCACGCUGCAACAGACUAGUUACCUAUGCGACUGUGAUUGCACUAAAUCGUAAAGGUGAAGACGACUUAUUGGACUGGAUCCUAGUAAACGGUCGUCUUUGUACUGUGAGGUGGUCCGGCUCAAUUAAGAUCAAUGUAAUCCGAUGCGGUAAACAAUGGUUAUUUGUCGUAUCGGUAUACACCCCGACAGACGGCAGUAAUGAGACUGAAAAUGACAGGGUUUAUCGAGAUCAGUCACGACUACUUCGGUCAGCAAGAAGAAUGAGUGGUGUGAAUGCCCAAGUUAGCCGACCAAUUGCAGAAGAAGCACAUGAUCAGUGUACUGAGAAUGGAGCUGGGACUACUUCAGUGAGUUGA